CACCACUCCCAGCUGCUCCUGAACCCCCUCCCAGGAGAACACUAUUGGCUCCAGGAGUGCCCAAUCUGCUGUUUUGUCUCCCACAUGCUCCAGCCACUCUUGAUGCUCCGGAGCAUAACGGACUUUUGCUGAUGAUGCGGGAUGGACCGAAUUCUUGAGACAUAGCCGACAUGGGACGUGUACGAGGGAACAUAUCCGAAUGUUGCGUGGGCUCCUUCUAGGAACAUCGAAGUGUCCUGAAACGAAUGCAGAAGUACAUCCGUGGAGGGAAGCGCUGUUAGUAACACCACGUCAUGCCAUACGGACACAAUGGAACGAACUUGCAUUACAGUUACACUGUCGGAGAGCAGGAUCAGUCUUCUACCAAUUCCAUGCAGAAGAUACAAUGGAAGGACGAGAGUUGACUCUGUCAGAACGCUGGGCAGUGGCACGAAACAUGUACAAAGACGACAGUCAUUCAGGCCGAUUAAGACGCGAAGGAGGACUGCCUCCAGUGGUGGAACUAGCAGUCGGAAGCAAAGUCAUAAUAACCACCAAUCUGGACACUGACAUCGACGUGGCAAAUGGGGCUCAGGGACAGAUAGUGGCGUUAUGUGUCACGACCCGGCGUUCCCCGGGGCCAGACGACCUCCUCCCUAACCCUCUCCCACGCCCGAACACUCCCCGCACACUCCGCUCGCCGCCCGUCGCCGUCUAACCACUUCCCGCCACCUCUCCACAACCCCUCUCUUGAUU